AUGCAUCAACACCUCCACUAUGACCCGCCAACAUUCAUCCUAAUGGGCAUCCCUGGCCUGGAAGAUGCUCAUAUCUGGAUUUCCAUCCCUUUUGCUGCAUUCUACAUGACAGCUCUGUUGGCAAAUUUCACAGUACUGUCUAUUGUGGCCAAAGAGCAGAGCUUGCACAAGCCAAUGUAUCUGCUGAUCUGCAUGCUGGCGCUCUCAGACAUUGUCACAUCUACCUCCUUCAUCCCAAAGGCCCUGGGUAUAUUUUGGUUCAAUUUGAAAAGCAUCACUCUAGGUGGCUGCCUCACCCAGCUCUUCUUCUUUCAGGCGGGUUCUACUGUGCACUCAGGUGUCUUAAUGAUAAUGGCUAUUGAUCGCUAUAUUGCCAUAUGUAACCCUCUGAGAUACACAAGUAUCCUCAGCAAUGUACGGAUAGUGAAGCUAGGGCUUGUGGGUUUGAUAAGAGCUGUUCUUUUCAUCCUUCCUGUGCCUCUUCUCCUGAGCAGACAGCCAUUCUGUUCCAGUUACAUUAUUGCCCACACAUACUGUGACAACAUGACUGUGGCAAAGUUGUCCUGUGGGAACAUUACAGGCAGCAGAAUGUAUGGUUUGGUGUUGGCAUUUGUAGUCAUGGGGUUUGACCUGACAGUCAUUGCUAUGUCCUACGCGCUGAUCCUCAGGGCUCUCCUCAGAAUCUCCUCCAAGAAAGCCCACCAGAAAGCCCUCAGCACCUGCACUGCCCACAUCCUUGUGAUACUCAUGGCUUAUCCCCCCGGCCUCUUCUCCACUCUGGCACACCGGUUCGGUCAGGGCAUCACACCCUAUGUGCUCAUCAUUUUGUCCAACCUCACUUACCUCAUGCCCCCCAUGCUCAACCCUAUCGUGUAUGGGGUCAAAACCAAAGAGCUUCGGGAGAAAGUGGUUAUAUUCAUCUACACAACAUGCCUGACUGGUACCACUGACUAUAAAACCACAUGA